UGAUUGCUCCACUCCUCACGUCUCAUUCGUAAACAAAGAGCUCACGGUAUUUUGCUCUGUGUUUAUUUUUUAUUGGGCCCUCUUAUUUGGUCUAGUCCUAACAACUCUGCCCUUCUAGGAAUUAAAUUUGCGCCUCUUUCUUCGUUAAUUCUAGACGUUCUCGAUCUGCAGAGACCUUAGCUCAUAUUUUGCCGGCUUUUGGAUUUACCUGAUUGUCCAUUUUCAACUGCCUGCCUAAUUUUACCAAGAAAAUACAGAUAUUGCUCCAAAAACGACUUGUUGGAAUUCCUACUGAAUCGUUUCCCGGCCAUCUUUCAAGGAUUUCCUACUACAAUUACAGGACAUUGUUUUUGGGAAUUAAUCACAGCUUAUGAGAAGUUUUGAACUUUUUAGACGCGCCUACAACGAUGCAUCCACGGAAUAUAUUCAAAACACCUCCGGACUUCACCGACUUGGCUAUUAAGUAUCCUGAAUUUCGUCAAGUAUGCAACUUGGAAUUGAGCGGCAAGGUGUGCAUUGAUUACAAAAAGGAAGUUGCUUUGAAGGCACUCACAAGAACACUGCUUUUGGAGUUCUUCGAUUUAGAUGUAGAGUUUGCUCCGGGCAGCCUUAUACCAACGCUCCCACUGCGACUGAACUAUAUUCUAUGGUUGGAGGAUUUAAUUUCUUGCUGGGACAGCAAAACGGUUAAGGGCAUUGACAUAGGCUGUGGCUCCUCUUGCAUUUAUUCGCUGUUGGCCGCCAAGAAAAACGGUUGGUCAAUGACAGCUCUCGAAACGAAUAAGUCAAACUUGGAGUAUGCAGCAAAGAAUGUUGAGCGUAACAAUUUAUGUAAAAUCAUUACCAUAUCUGCCCAGAAACAAAAUGACAAUAUCUUUGAAGAAUUGUUUGAAAACGCCCCUGGAAUAUCUAUAGAUGGUCCAUAUAAUUUUUGCCUGUGCAAUCCACCCUUCUACGAUUCGCAAUUAUCCACACCUUGUAAUACGCGAAAUCCCGGCAAACGACCUCCGCCACAUAAUUGCCCCACAGGUUUCAAGGAGGAGCUUUCAUGCUUAGGCGGCGAAGUAACAUUUGUUGAGAAAAUUAUCGAAGAAAGUGUGAAGUACAAAAGUAAGAUCAGAAUCUUUACCUCAAUGUUGGGUCUUAAAUCGAGUCUAAGUCAGAUAAUAGACGCCUUGUUAAAACGAAAUGUGACAAAUUAUUGCACGACCGAAUUUCACCAGGGCAAUACAACAAGAUGGGGAAUUGCCUGGUCGUUUUUCAUAGAUAUUGAUCUUAAAAAAAAUAAAAUUUAGCAAAGCCAACAAAUAUACUGUUUACAUUUUACAA